AUGAUACGGCGCAUCUUUCAGAUUAGAAAUACAGUUCCAGUGUUAAUACGAAGUAGACACUUCUCGAAACAGUCAUUCACGCGCAGAAAUUUACUUACGAUACCAAAAUUAAUAAUAGAAGAACCUGUUAAAUAUAGCAACAAGCAACUACAAACUCACCAGGAGGAAAUUGCAAAUUACAAAUUAGAUUCAAAACUACCGUCAAAGUUAAAAAAUCAAUUAAUUAAUUCAAAAAUAGAGUCCGCUAUUAACCUAGAUAAUAACGACCCUGAUAUUUUAAAUUUAAUUGAAUUUGCAUUAUCUGACUCCCAACAAUCCAUACCAUUAAAUACAUCAAUUUUUGUCUUUAAUAAUUUAUACGAUCAAUUGAUCAAAGUCAAACCCAUUUUCCUAGAAUCAAUCAUCAAAAGUCUACUAUCCAACACUAAUUCCUUACCAGAUGAAACUAUAAUUCUACUCCUCGAUUACAUAUCGAAACAACGAGGCACAAAAUUUAAAAUGAGGGACAUAUACGAGAGAUUUAUCGGGACGAAAGAACUGGGUAAUGAAUUUGUAUCUAAGUACUUGACCUUCUUACUUGAAUCCAAAAAACUUCGACUACAACAUUUUGAAGACUUAGUGCAUUUCAAAAUUAAUGAUAAUUUCAUAACAACUUUAAAUCGGUAUCUAGAAUCUUUAUUUGAAGGUUACGUUCCAGAUAGUCAUUGUUGGGAAAAUUUGGAGUAUAGUAUAGAUAGAGUUCAAAUACUAUUAAAUGAGGCUAUAGACAAAGCGGAUUUGAACCAGUUAUCUAUGAAUUCAAUUUUCACUUUAUACAAGCUCAAUGAAGAAUUUUUACUGGUCAAUAAUUGUGAAGCGUCCCUUAACAGCCAGACAAUACUAAUAAGGAAUUUGGAUUCUAGAUGCAAUCAAAUGAUGGAAUUUCUCACAAAUCAUGAGAUUGAAGAAUCAACUUUGGAAAAUUUACUUAUUGCACUUAAAUCAAAUAACUCAAAAUUAUUGGACUCAUUUCUCAAUUCGUUUCUGUCCAACGAGAAAUACUCAGACUUGUUUAAACUACAAACAAAAAUCAUUGGUACGAAUAAUGUCAAAUCGGAAGAGUUAAUUGAUCAUUUGCAGGCCUUAGAAUUGUCCCAAAGUAACUUUGAAACAAUCAUUCACACUGUUUCAAAAACGAAUCCAGAUUUAGUGGACGAAAUAAUUGAAUUUUACAAAGAUGAAAGCAUAGACCCUACUCCCAUGAUUUACAAAUACAAAUUGGAUCAGCUUAUUUCCCAAAAUAAUUAUGAUGAAGCUAUACGUACAUUUAACAAUUCAACUACGAAAAUAUCAUGGUCAGAUCAAAUUGAUAACCCAACUAUUUUAAAGACGCUAAAUGAUUUAAUUCAAUGCAUAUGCUCAAAUUUGAAUAUCAGAGAAGCAUUUCCUCUAUUUCAAAAGAUAAAAGCCAAUAUGAAUCAACAACAAAUCAACAUUGACUCAUUAAAUGUCCUUAUUCCAAAAAUGCUUGAUGAAAAUUUAGUUGGUGAUACGAUUGAAACUUUGAAAAGGGAAUUACCAGAUUUGAGCAAACAUCUUGCAAAAUUACCAACUGACCAACCUUAUGGUGAGAAGUAUCUACAGCUAUUCAUAACCAUUCAUGAUUAUUGCAUUACCAACGUGUCGGAUUCGACUAUCAAAAACAAUUGGUAUCUAUUCAUACAACUUUACAAGUACUUCAACAUUCCGGAGAAUAAAAUAUUGCCGACUUUAAAAUUUUUUUGUGAAAACAAAAGAUGGAACUCAGCUUUACUUAUUUUUACCAAAAUGUGUGACUUACAUCAAUUACAUGGAGAUCAUAAUUAUCCUCCUCCAUCAAAGGAAAUAUAUGCUUAUUUACUUCAUGAAUUUGGUAAUAAUUUAUAUGAGGAAGGAGUUGUGGAAAUUCACGAUUGGUUAAAGAUGGACACAUCCAUUUCACAAAUAGAUUUACAAUUGAACAACAUCUUAAUGAACUCUUAUUGCAAUUUGCAAGAUGUUUCAAAAGUUCGGGAUUUAUUCAUAACUGCUAAUGUUAACCAUCAAAUUGAUGAAGAAAGUGCUGUAAUUUUAAUAAAAGCGUAUACUUAUAAUGAUUUAAAUUAUGUUGAGAAAUUUUACAAUAAUUUAUCACAAUUUGAUUUGUUUCCUACUGCUAAAAUAUAUAAACAAUAUUUGAUAGCAUAUGCUUAUUAUGGUCAAAUUGAUAAAGUAUUCGAACUAUUAGAAGAACAUAAAGAUGAGUUUGAAGUGACUGAAGAUUUAUUAAUGAAUAUAUAUAAUUAUUGUUACAUUAAAGAUAAACAAAUUCAGAUACCCAAAUUAGCAACUGAGAAAUAUCCGGAAAUAUGGUCUAAUGUUGUUGAAAAUAGAUUUUUGAUUGAUAGUGAUGGAUACAAACCCCAUGAACAUUUUUUGGUGGAUGGAUCUACUAAGGAAAUAAUACCACCAAAAUCUAUUGAAUCAUGA